UGGGGGGUAUGACGCAUGCGCAAUGUAUUUCAAGCUGCGUUGCGAUUGGCUCAAUUUCGACGAGUGCAGGCCAGAUUCUACAGCGCAUGUGCAAUACCCCUGGAGGUUAACCAGUAUGAAAACAGCGUCCUCUGCUUAGCCUCGUCUCCAGCCACCAUGUCAAAACGACCAUCCUACGCCCCUCCCCCUCCCCCUGCCCCUGCAGCACAAUUGCCUACCACCCCAGGGUUUGUGGGCUACAACCCUUACAGCCAUCUGGCCUACAACAAUCUCCGGCUGGGAGGGAGCUCCGGAGGCUCCAGCAGGAACUCCACGGGCAUCACCGUCCCAAAGCCUCCCAAACCUCCAGACAAGCCACUGAUGCCUUACAUGCGGUACAGCCGGAAGGUAAGCAGGAAGGUAUGGGACCAAGUGAAGGCAUCCAACCCGGACCUGAAGCUGUGGGAGAUUGGAAAGAUUAUCGGAGGGAUGUGGAGAGACCUGACCGAUGAGGAGAAACAGGACUACCUGAACGAGUACGAAGCUGAGAAGAUUGAAUAUAACGACUCGUUGAAGGCCUACCACAACUCGCCCGCCUACCUGGCCUACGUCAACGCUAAGAACCGGGCCGAGGCCGCGAUGGAGGAGGAGAGCAGACAGAGGCAGAGCCGUAUGGACAAAGGAGAGCCGUACAUGAGCAUUCAGCCCGCUGAAGACCCUGAUGACUACGAUGACGGUUUUUCAGUGAAGCACACGGCAGCCGCUCGCUUCCAGAGGAACCACCGGCUCAUCAGCGACAUCCUCAGUGAGAUCGUGGUGCCUGAUGUCCGCUCGGUGGUCACCACGGCCCGCAUGCAGGUCCUUAAGAGGCAGGUCCAGUCUCUCAUGGUGCACCAGAGGAAGCUGGAGGCAGAACUUCUGCAGAUCGAGGAUCGCCACCAAGAUAAGAAAAGACGCUUCCUGGAGACCACUGACUCCUUCAACACUGAACUGAAGCGGUUGUGCAGUCAGAAGGUGGAGGUGGACAUGGAGAAGCUAGCAGCAGAGAUGGCCGCUGCCGAAGAGGCGGCCAGGCGGCGGGCGGAGGAGAGGGAGCGUGAGGCAGCAGAGCAGGCGGAGAAAGCUGCUCAACAGGCUCAACAACAACAACAACAACAGCAGCAGCAGCAACAGCAACAGCAACAACAGGAGGCUGCCGGAAACAAAGCUGCAGAGCAGAGCAGUGCUAAUGCUAGCAGCACAGCUAACCCCCCCUCAGGGACCAAGGAGGAGGACAAGCCCACCCCAAUGGAGACAGAUGAGGCGCCGUCUGCGGAGCCCUCCUCAGACCCCCAGCCUGCUCCGCCUCCUCCGUCUGACCCCCCCUCUUCCGAUAAAGCGACCCCUCCACCCGAGGCAGCCAGGGAGACCAGCACUCCCAACAGCAGCUGCGCCCCCAGCGACGACAGCAGCAACAGCAUGCCCCCCCCCUCCUCAGACAGCAACCCCGGAGCAGCAGCAGCAGCAGCAGCCCCCGACCCCCCGGCGGCUCAGGAAGCCAACUCCAGCGCGGCUAACCCUAACGCGGCCGCAGUACCUCCGCCACCCCCUGCUUCAGAAGAAGCAGCCCCUCCUCCACCACCACCUCCACCUCCACCACCACCACCGCUACUGCCCUCCAGCCAGAGCAGUCAGCAGCAGUAUGAUGUGUAGUAGUCCGUUAGUAACUGUACAAGUCCUCCCCCGUGCUGCAGCUCUCCUCCGUUCCUCCUCUGUGGGUGAAGCAGCAGCAGCUCUAGUGGUGUGGUGGCUCUAUCGUAACGGAUCUGGUGAAUGAGCGAGGGUCUGAUGGUACGCUCAAUAAACAGUCCACAUGUGUUUCAUACAAGAGAGAGAUGAAGGCUUUUCAUCACCCGGCCUCGUAUAGCCGGGCCAAGCAGCAGCCUGUUGGAGAAGUCCGCCUACUCAGCAUGAUGAUGUGACUGAAUGAAUUGAAAUGUCACCAAAGAGUACAAAAUUUGACCCC